UACUGAUUCCUUGUAUCACGUAUAGUAAAUACAAAAAAAUUAUAGAUUUCAACACUUUCUGCUAUUAUUAGGACAGAAACAUCAAUUCAACUGUAUUUAAUAUGGUACUCACAGAAGAUAUUAAACUACCUGAAAAUCAUGAAUUGGAUGUUCAAGAAAUAAAUUUAACAUUUCCUGUGCUACAAGCAGCUGCAUUUCAUUUAGGCAAAUUUUGUGAAGACAAAAAUAAUGAAUUUAUGUUGUGUAAAACUGAGGAAGAUGAUCCACGCCAAUGUCUUACUGAGGGAAAACAAGUUACAGCAUGUGCUCUUGAGUUUUUCAAAAAAAUAAAAACCAAGUGCUAUGAAGAGUUCAAACAAUAUUAUAACUGUAUUGAUAAAUCCAGUGGAAAUAAUUCAUUCUCACCAUGCCGAAAAACUCAAGCUGUAUUUGAUCAAUGCAUCUUAUCCAACAUGAACAUUGAAAGACCAGCUUAUGGUUACUUUUGUGAAGUCAAAAUUCAUGAUACAACUAGGCCAAAACCAAAAGCCAAUGUAGUAGAUUAUCCCGAUGCUUCUGUACCAUAUUCAAAAGAAGAACCAUUGUUACCUCCAAAGUAUGGUUCUAGGCGACUCUGGGUUCAAUAGAUAUUCAAUAACUUUAAAUAUCUAAAUGUAUUUUUAGUUCAAAUAAAAUAUAAUGUAAUUACUGAUUAUUGAUAAAAAGUAUUAUUUCAUUUAAUGAUAGAGGUACGCAAUGAUCUUUGAGGAAAUGCUUGAAUUUAAAAUAUUAAAAACACAGCUUUUUCUAAUUGCAGUAUAAAUAUUAUACUAAUGGAUGUGCUGUUAUUAAUUGUAUUUAUAAAUUAUGGACAUUACAAUAUCAUGUAUUACAGAGUAAUAUUAUACAAGGUUUUAUCUCGUAGAUGUAUAGAUUCACCUGUGCACGAUAUGCAUACAUUUACAACUAAAUUUUGUAAGAUAUAAAGUAAAAUAGUUUGGAACAUUAAAACUACCGUGGUACUUUUAAUGUACUGAUGGAAGUUUUAAUUAAGAUGGUACAUGUAAUAUGUGUAAAUCAAACAAAUUCGUUUAUUUGAAUAUUUAUUUACAUUAUCAAAAUCAUACUAGUAUAGAUUUCGUAGUCGUGAAAUAUCCGGCAAGAGCUUUUCUAUCAUGACUAACGAUUUCAUGACUUAAUUUUCAUCCAUGCAUCUUAAAAUUAGGGAGAUACCAGAUACUAUCGUCAUUGGAAAUAAAAAAUGAAAAAGUUAUAUAUUUCUGUGAUUCUAAGAAAAUUUUCAAAUUUCUUCUGCAAUAUAAGUACCUAUAUUAUAUUAAUGCAACGAUUGUGUAACAAAACGAAAAAAAAAUGUAAAAUGUAAAAAUUACGAUAAUCGUGUAAAAAACAGCGCGACAUUCCCUUAGCAAUUAGUAUUAGUUUGCUUAAUAACGAGAUUAUUAGUAGUUUGACGAUAAGACUGUUAUUUUUUCUUUUUUUUUCUUAGCAACGACCGAUUAUAGAAUGCAGAGGCGAGCAACGCCAAAAGAUUUUUCGCUUGUAAUAUAUUGUACUGUUCACGUCGAUAUAAAUA